UGUAGUAAAAUACCGCCUCCUGCACAGACUGAGAUAAACAACUCAGAGAGACAGAGAGAGAGCUCUGAGCUGCUGAAGGCUGAUCUGCGCUGAAGGAAAUUAUUCGGAUUGAAGUUUGUGCUUCUUAACUUGCACUAUGACGACUACUGUGGCUAAAAGGCCGAGUUCGGAGCAGAGGAAGGUGCGUCUGCGUGAUGCGGCUCGCUGUAGGCGGAGUCAGGAAACUGAGGUGUUCUACGAACUUGCACACUCGUUGCCCCUGUCACGCCGCAUCACCUCCCACCUAGACAAAGCUGGCAUCAUGAGGGUGACCCUCAGCUACUUGCGUAUGCACCAACUUCUCCAAUCCUCAUGGACCAAGGCAACGGCAGCAGAGGAGGAAGAGGAGGAUCCCACUGAUGCGUUCUACCAGCAGGCACUUGCUGGCUUUAUCAUGGUGAUGAGUGAAGAUGGGGACAUGGUCUUCCUUUCUGACAACGUCAGCAAGUUUAUCGGCAUCACACAGCUGGAGCUGCUUGGCCAGAGUGUGUACGAUUAUGUCCAUCCAUGUGAUCAAGAGGAGCUGAGAGAUCUUCUUACCACCAAGCCUGGACUCUUUAAGAAGAGGUCUGAUAGUUGUGCAGAGUGCAACUUCUUCCUGAGACUGAAAAGCACACUCACAAGCCGCGGCAAAACCGUGAACAUCAAGUCUGCCACCUGGAAGGUGGUUCACUGCACAGGUCACUUGAAGACACUAAACCAGGAAGGGGAAGGCUCAUCCCCCGCAGGGAGCUACAUGACUCUGCUGUGUGAACCCAUCCCACACCCGAGCUAUGUGGAAUUCCCUCUGGACAGCAGCACCUUCCUCACACGCCACGACAUGGACCUGCAUUUCAACCAGUGUGACGGCCGGGUGACUGAGCUUGUUGGAUACCAUCCCAGUGAUCUGAUUGGCCGAUCUGCCUAUGAUUUCUUCCAUGCACUUGAUUUUGAUCAUCUGUCAAGGAGCUUGCAUAUUUUGAUCUCCAAAGGUCAGGUGUGCACUAGCCGUUACCGCUUCCUGGCUAAGAAUGGAGGAUUUGUUUGGACUGAGACCCAGGCCACAGUGCUAUACAACAACAAGACCUCGCAGCCUGAAGCUGUAGUGUGCCUGAACUUCAUUCUCAGUGCGGUGGAAGAGGCAGACACCGUGUUCUCCAUUGAACAAACACGUAGUGCGUCGAUUGAGGACAAACUGAGUGUGAUUGAGGUGGACGACUCGGAGGAUGAGAUGAGUAGCAGCAGCGAUCUUUUCCACAGUUUGAAGGACGAUCCAGAGGAUCUGCUGCAGCUGGCACCAGCCUCAGGAGAUACUAUCAUACCCCUGACAGAGCACAGCGAGCUGUUUUUUGGCCCACCAUCCAGCCCCAACACAGUGCCCGAAUGUCCAAAGGAGCUGUGUACCCCGAAACUCCGCCAGCUCCUCUCACCCAUAUUUGACAGCACCAGCCCCAGCUCCCCUGAAAUGAGCUCGGGUGAUGAGGGUUUCAUGGACACUGGUGAGGUGGAGAAGUUCUUUUUCAAGCCAGAGGAGACUCAGAAAAAGCCAAUGGAGGAAAUGGAUGACAUGGAUCUGGAUAUGUUGGCACCAUACAUUUCCAUGGAUGAAGACUUCCAGCUGACCUUCCUGCCCCAGUUACCUGAGGCAGAGACACAGACUGCUGAAGCAUCAACCACUGCUUCUAAAAAAAGAGGCCUGGAGGAAGAGGAAGACAUGCCAUCUCUAACAGCCACCUGGGAGAAGAGACGGAAGAACUGCCCCAUAGAGGAGGAGUUUCUUCUCUCACACUCCUCGUUGAUGGACAUGCAGGUUGCAGGAGGUUUAGAAGAGCUGGAGCCUCAGCAUUGGAAACAGAGUCAGCUCCUGACAGACAGAGAUCCCGUUCUGGGAGGAACACAAGCACUAUGUGAUACAGCAGCUUUGAUGAGAGAUUCUUUCUCAUCACAACCUCCUGAUUUAAUGACUCAAUUAACUGGGACUAUAUCAUCACUCGCCUGAAGAGAGCACAUUUAAAUCCUGAAGCUACAACCAACGUGCUUUAUUGUUCUUUUGUUAUGAAGUCAUAAUAAAAAGUAUAAUUGUCACAACACAGUUCAAGAACUUCUGAUGAUCCAUCACUUGUGAAUUAAAACCACGUACGAAAGAACAGAUCCUUUGCCGGAUUCUCGUGCCGUCCUCUUAAGAUUGAGAAGUUGCCGGGUUGCAGGAGUUCACUUUAGUUGAGUUUGAAACGCCAUUCACUGAGCAGAAUUGGUCAUGAGUGUCGGCGUCAGCCACACCGUACUCGCACCUCAGACUCGAGCAGAGCUGGCUGAUGCUGUGAAAUCAACGAGCGUCCAGAUAUCAACACUUUCACAAAACAAAACUGAACUCUGUCACACAUGAGAGAAAGUUAAGUGCAAAAUGUUGUGCAAUCGUGGACCUGGACAACCAGUUUAUUCGGAUUUUUACCUUUUACAUUUUCCAGUGCAUGAAUGAACAUGGUCAAAGAAUUUAUUCAUCUGAAGAUCCGUUUAGUUUUUUCAUGUUGCUGUGGCUAUGAAAGUCCAAGUAUAUAUAUAAAAAAAACAAAAACCCACAGUAUUGCAUUGUCUAACCCCAUCUCCGUCUUUUGGUUGUGAAUGAAAAGUGAUUUUAGGGUCAUUUCGAGCCUCACUUUUAAAUAGAGUCUGAUCAAUGCUAUAGAUAACGCACACAACAGGUUUUCACCUUUUUCUGUAACAUCUUUUUAUUAAGCAUUUUAUAUACCUUUGCCUAUGUAACAUGUAAGUAAAUAUACUGAGCCUUCUGUUUUUGUUUUCUGUUGUAUCUUUGUGUCCUUUUGAGAUUUCCAGUACUCUUUGAUGCUUGUCUGCUCUUCUUGUAGUGUCUCUUCAUGUAAAAAGAAACUUGUUGUGUAUAAGCUCUAGCAGAUCGGGGGGGGGAACAGUAGACCGGAAGUGUUUUUAGUCUUUUGCAUUUAAUCACUGAAUGUGUUGGAUUUUGAUCAUGUAGUUUAUCGACAUAUGGGCUAGCUUUAUCUGUAAUGAUGAUACGGUAUUCAAUUCUCAUAUGAAAACUGUUUCUUCAUGGAUUUGUUCUCAGUAACUUCUUACUUUAUUUUAUUAAGCAUUAUUCUGUUUGUCUGGAGGGGAUGGGGAAAAUAUUAUUCCCUAUUAUUAAAAUCCGGGUUGGGAAGCCUGUUAAUGGAUAAUUAAACAUGCCUUGCAUGUACAUUUCCUUAUUCUUUGGUUGUCUGAAAUCCCUGUAUGUCUUCUUUAAUCCUGAACUUUCACCCUGAAAUUUAACCAUGAUUUAACUUUUUUUUUUUUUUAACAGAAAUACAAUAAAUCUGAGUGUAUGAUGCUGUAGCUGAAACCA